AUGGGGAUAACUUCUAACAGCCCUACUCCCCAAACUAAAUGUGUGGUUAGUGACCAUCGAGUGGAGGUACUUGAUGUGUUAGUUAACUCGGCUAUUGCUGAACUAAGCCUCUCCUUGUUUGGGAAGUUUCAGGCAUUUUGUCCUCCUCUGGACUUGGUGAAAAAAUGUGUUGCUACUAGGUGGAAGUUGAAAGGAAGCGUUACCUCCAGUGCUAUGGCUAAUGGCUUCUUCCUUUUCAGCUUCAUUAAUCAAUCAAAUAUGGCCACUAUUCUCACGGAUGGACCUUGGACCUACAGGAAUAGCAACUUCCUUUCCUUAUGCAAAUGGAAACCUAACCUUGAUCCCUGGUCUGAUCUUGGUGUUGUGACCCCUAUGUGGAUUUGUCUCCCAGGGUUACCACUUGAGUUCUGGAAUCUGGAGAUCCUCAAGGGGAUCACUAACUCCUUUGGGAAUUUUCUUGCUAUUGAUAGUAUAACACAAUACAAAUCCCAUUUAUUAUUUGUGCGUGUUCAUGUUAAUGUUGCUAUUAACACAGUGUUUCCUACUAAGGUUAUCCUCUCUCUGAGCUGGACUCUUGGGUUCAACAAAUAG